CUCUUAAAAUCUUUACAAAACUGUAUUUCACUACCCACCACCAGUGCCAAGUUGCAAUUCCGAAGAAAGGUGUUGGGGCUUGGGGGUGUUGGAGAAAACCCGAUAGUUUUCAGAUUGUGAUUGUUUCAGGACUAGACCUCUCAGGAUUGUCUGAAGCCUUAUUUUGAUCAGAUAAAAUCCAAUCAAAAUGUCGUUUGCAGAGAAAAUUGGGAGUUUGAUGCAAAGGCCAAAUGAAGAUCCAGUCAAUAAAGAUGAUGUACCUUGGUGGAUGAAAUAUGCUGGAAGAGGGCUAGGUACAGUUGGAGGAGGAAUGGCUAUUUUCAUGGGUAUGUGGAAUUGCGUGGGAAUUCUCCUAGGAGACGUCAGUUGCUUGAUAGGGGGAAUGUGGCAAAUGGUGGCUGGAUUUUUGACGAUAUCAGUUGAAGCCCCUUGUUGUUGCAUGUUCAUCGACUUCGUGCAGACGCUGAGCGACUGGGUGGAGAAACGCCCUUACUGGAACAGGGCUGUCUUCUACUUUGGGAUCGGUGUACCAGGAAUACUCUUCUGUCCCGGAUUUUCGAGCAUCUUUGGCAGUGGAAUGAUCAUCGGCACGGGAGUUAUCUACGGCAUGAUGGCGAUCGGUCGCAAAGGUUCUCGCCAGGAUAUGGCUGCGAUGGCGUCGUCUCCCAGUGGGGUGGUGACCCAGGCCGACCAUCACACCACACUGAUGGAGGACCCGGACGUAUGGCGUCCUACGUAAACACAUCAUCUUACGCUGCCACCAACACACCAGAGGGCAUCAGCUGAAGAAAUGAGACAGAACGCAACACAACUAGUAGAUAAUGCCCAACCAAUGGCACGGACAACAGCCCCCGGGAAAGUGCCCCCUGUGUGACCCCCUCCCCUCCUCUCCCCACUUCCUAUGUGUACUCCCCCUCAGCUGUGGCUUCUCGUUGUUUUCAACCCUCAAAUAGCUAUGGGAUCAACAAUCAUCAAGGUUGUUACAUGAUGUUGAAAUAUGUAAAUAAAUAUAUUUUAAUGUUAAACGGUUUCAUUAGACGUUACUGUACGGUCGGCAGGAAUACAUUUCACUGUUUGUUGUUUUCAUUAGUCAAAAAAUAAAAAGAUAUUGUUUUGUUGUCAUAUUUUAUAGGUUAGGAAUUUAAAGCAUGGCUUGUUUGAUUUGUUACCGUUGCUUUUCAAUGUGUAGGCAAGAAUACAAAGAGAAAUAUUAAAAGUGUGUUAUGAUAGUAGAAUCGCAAUAUGUCGAUGAAAUCAAAUGGUGGCUUGAUAGAUAGAUGAUUAGCCUGUAGUAUUAUGUCAGUGCUUUAUCUUGCCAAUAUAAAAUUAGAACGAAUUGGCCUAAAAUUGUAUUUUAUUUCUUUAUGUUAGUGGAAAAAAAUUAGACGUAUAAACUUUUGUCAAAGUGUAAUCGGAUAUAAUUAUGAAGAUAAUUUGUGCUGUAGAAGAAUUUUCUGGCAAGAUAUCUAUUUGAAUUUCCAAACGACAAUUUUAGAAAUUUCUAGAUGUUUUGAUUAUUACCAUUAGAAAAGAUUAGAUAGUUGUUGUAUUGUUGAAAUUGCAUAUCAGUGUGUCUAGAUUCUUAAAAUGUGUUCUAUAAAAUUUUUAUAGAAACCGUUAGUGAUGUGUAUAUUAGUGUGUUGACUAUAGUGAGAGAUUGUGUUUUAAGUGCUGCGUACACGUUUUUAGGCCACAGCUUCAGAGGGUGAAUGUUCAAAUUGUGUGUAGUCUCAGUGUAUAUGUCUGUCGUAAGCUAAACAAUGACUGAUUAUUUUAACCUCCACUACAUUCCCAUUAUUCAAGCUCAGUUUUUCACUUAUUUAUAAUAGCAUUGUUUGUAUUAGUUGUAAUGAAACAGGACGUUGGUAACUGCAUAAGUAUAUCAUGUGGUGUUUUGCUAUAGCCUACAUUGUCUACUCUGUUUCAUCAUUAUUAUCGUAAUGAAACAUUAUUUUAUUUAUUUGUUUAUAAACUCACUAUUAAUUAUUUAAGUGUGUAUGUAUUAUGUAUAUUUAGUUAGGUAGAAAAUAAAUAGAUUUAGAGAUUGAAUUGCAUUUAAAAAUGUCCACUACUCUAGCUAAUGUUUCAAUUGUUUGUUAGAACAGAAGAGAAAAACUAAAUGUUUUGUUGUUACAAUAAGAUAAUAGCAAUUAUUAAAUUAAAAAGUAAGUAAUUUUUUAAUUAAUAAAAGUUAUUACUUUAAAAAGGUAAGUUAUUUUUUUAAAGUGAAUUUUCAAAUUAAAAAUAUUGAUUUUGUGAUAUUUUAAAAUAACAUAAUACAAUAUAAUUUAAGCAAAUGAGGGCUGUCUAUAACUCAAAAAAAAAACAAAAACAAAA